AUACCUUUUGUUUAAAGUGGACUAAACCUCACAUGACUGUCAUGUGACUUGUUGUAUAACUAGUUUACCUACCCCAUUUACUGUUAACUCAUAUUUAACAACCGACGCUUACAUUUCUGAUUGCUUACAGCACGAAUUAUUAAAAUGGACAAGGCAGCACUCAUUUCCAUGUUCAUAACAUUUGUGAUGAGCAACGAUGUGUUGAAGUAUGAGCCAGCCAACCAGCGCACGGUUGAGUCAUCUGGUGUUCCAAAGUUCUGCCACAAGCUAGCUUGUCCUGCAUUUGAGGUCAUCAAAACAACCAAGGAGUAUGAGGAACGCGAAUAUGCUGCGACAGAAUGGGUAUCAACCCAACAAACCAACAUGGACUACGAGAAGGCCUCUUAUACCAUGUUUGAGAGGCUGUUUAAAUACAUCAAAGGUGCAAAUGAGAAGAAGAAGCCAAUAAAGAUGACAUGCCCUGUUGUAAACCGGAUCAUCCCUGGCGCUGGCCCGGCAUGUGAGUCCAACUUCACUAUGUCAUUCUUUGUGGCACCUAUCCAGAAACCCGCUCCAGCACCUACUGACCCUUCAGUUUUCCUUAACAAUGCACCCAGAUUCACAGCUUACGUCAGGCAAUUUAGUGGCUAUGCGAUGACGUACGAUGUGUGGCGUGACCAGGCUGUUGCCCUUGCGAAGGCACUGAAGGUUGAUGGGGUGGAGUUCCGCACGGACAUGUACUGGACCGCCGGCUAUGACUCGCCAUUCGAGCUAUUUAACAGGCACAAUGAAGUCUGGUUCCUUGGCAAGAAUGAAAACCUUUCCCUGUAAUACAGUACUAAAAUACGGCUCAAGUGUAACGAUUUGUGACGAUUUUGACAUUUCAAGAAAUAAUAUCACCUAAAGGAUUCAGCUGAUUCUAUAAUAAACAAUGAUGUGUUGUUGUCUUUUAAAAUUGAGGUGAAUUAAGAUUUCUGUUUCAUAUUUAAAUAUGUUUGUAUUAAUAUCCGCAAUAUAUGUACUUUACGGUUAAAUAUUUGGUUGUAUUAUAUUUAAUGAGGAGAGAAUCAUCCAUUAAUAGCAAGAAUUUGAUAGAAUGAGAUUAUUAUGUAAAAAAUAUGUCCCGUGUACUGUAGAGUCAAUGUACCUGUAGGUCUCCUAUAUACUGAACAAUCUCUGUACGAUAGAAUCUCAUCGUCUUUUUAAUGCUGUGCUUGUUUUACAGGAAGAUCUUCUUCAAUUAAAAUUGUACAUUUUCCUUAAAUUUUAUUAUUUCCUAAACUGUUUUAUUCCACUGUUGGAGAGUGUUAUGCUUAAUGUAUGUCCUGCAAUUGAAAUAAUAUGGCUAUGCAAGCACCAUUUGAGAGUAUAAUAUUUUUUUAAGAAAUAGAACUUUUCAAAAUUUUACUUAAAACUUUAAAACGUUCCUUCUGUGUAAAAGGCCUAUUGUCCUCUUUUGUAUGAUGUUUGUUUAAAAGUGACCAUGUUAUUAUAUUCCUUUUUUAUACGUUUGUCAAAACAUGUUUUGCGAUUAAUUCCAUGUUUAUGUGCUUGAUAUGUCUUUCUGUUCCUAAGCCUUACUAAGUGUCAUCACUCUUGAAUGUUUUGAUAAUAAGAACUUGUGUUAGCUUUUGUAUUUACUUUAUAAUACACUAUAUAAAGAAUACGUAUAUGGAAAUAAAAGAGAGAGAGAGACGUA